GUCAAAGGCGGCCCGGGCCGAGGACGCUUGUCCUUUGCGGGCUGCCGUAGGGGCUCGGGUCCGGGGCGAACAUGGCGGCCUCCGAGUCCGCGCUGGCCGGGAUUCCCGGCACUGCGGAGGGCGAGGAGGAGACGAUUCUCUAUGAUUUGUUGGUCAACACCGAGUGGCCCCCGGAGACAGAAGUGCAGCCCAGAGGUAACCGAAAACAUGGUGCGUCCUUUAUCAUUACAAAAGCAAUUAGAGAUCGUUUAUUAUUUUUACAUCAGUACAUCUGGUACAGCCCUGCACCGUUUUUGCUCCCUGAUGGACUCGUUCGCUUGGUUAAUAAGGAGAUAAACUGGCGUUUGGUACUGGCAAGCAAUGGAAAACUUUUGGCUGCUGUUCAAGAUCAGUGUGUGGAGAUCAGGUCUGCAAAAGAUGAUUUUACUUCUAUUAUUGGGAAAUGUCAAGUUCCAAAAGACCCGAAGCCCCAGUGGAGACGUGUGGCGUGGAGUUAUGAUUGUACCCUGCUGGCUUAUGCGGAAAGCACGGGAACCGUGAGGGUGUUUGAUCUCAUGGGAAGUGAGCUCUUUGUCAUCACCAUGGCAUCUAGCUUAGCAGGUGACUUGAGCUGUGCCAUUGCUGGGCUGAUAUUUUUAGAAUAUAAAGCAAGUGCCCAGUGGUCUGCAGAACUCCUAGUCGUCAAUUACCGGGGAGAACUUAGAAGUUACCUUGUAAGUGUGGGAACAAAUCAGAGCUAUCAAGAGAGUCACUGUUUUAACUUCAGUGGUCAUUAUCCACAUGGAAUCAACACGGCUAUUUACCAUCCUGGUCACAGACUUUUACUGGUUGGUGGAUGUGAAACUGCUGAAGUGGGCGUAUCAAAAGCUUCUAGCUAUGGCCUUUCUGCCUGGAGAAUUCUUUCAGGAUCACCUUAUUAUAAACAGGUUCCUAACGGUGGAGACAGGGUCACUGAGGUGCCAAAGACACUGGGAUUAUUAAGGAUGUUAAGUGUCAAGUUUUAUAGUCGCCCGGGACAAGAACAGGAUGGGAUAUUUAAGAUGAGCCUUUCUCCAGAUGGGACCCUCCUUGCAGCCAUUCAUUUCUCAGGGAAACUAAGCAUCUGGGCCAUUCCAUCUCUGAAGCAGCAAGGGGAGUGGAAUCAAAAUGAGCAGCCAGGCUAUGAUGACUGUAAUCCUGAUUGGAGACUAUCUACUGAGAAGAGGAAAAAAAUCAAAGAUAAAGAGUCCUUUUAUCCACUGAUAGAUGUAAAUUGGUGGGCAGACAGUGCGGUCAUUUUGGCUCGCUGCUCUGGUGCUUUGACUGUUUCGUCAGUGAAAACUUUGAAGAAUUUACUGGGAAAAUCUUGUGAAUGGUUUGAACCAUCACCUCAAGUCACUGCUACCCACGAUGGGGGAUUUUUAAGUUUGGAGUGUGAGAUUAAACUUGCCCCCAAACGAUCUCGUUUGGAGACAAGAAGUGGAGAAGACGAAGACGGAGAAGAGGACUCUGAUUCUGAUCAGGAGCUAUCUGCCCAGGCCCGCUACUUUGGGGUCAUAAAACAGGGUCUGUACCUCGUGACGGAGAUGGAGCGGUUUGCACCUCCACGGAAACGCCCCCGAACCAUUACGAAGAACUACCGCCUUGUGAGUCUGCGCUCCACGACUCCCGAGGAGCUGUAUCAGAGAAAGAUUGAAAGUGAAGAGUUCGAGGAAGCCCUGUGUCUGGCGCAGACCUAUGGCCUAGACGCCGAUCUGGUGUACCAGAGGCAGUGGAGGAAGUCUGCCGUCAACAUUGCUUCGAUUCAGAAUUACUUGAGUAAAAUAAAGAAACGAUCCUGGGUUCUUCACGAGUGUUUGGAAAGAGUUCCUGAAAAUGUGGAUGCUGCAAAGGAACUGCUUCAAUAUGGAUUAAAAGGCACAGACCUGGAGGCUCUGUUAGCAAUAGGGAAGGGAGCAGAUGAUGGCAGAUUUACAUUACCUGGUGACAUCGACAUAGACAGUAUCUCCUAUGAGGAUCUUUCACCACCUGAUGAAGAGCCUGCUGAGCAUAAAAAGAAGGAACUCAAGAAGAGGCAAAAACUACUUAAAUUAGUGAACUUUUCAAAGUUAACACUGGAACAGAAGGAACUUUGCCGCUGUAGACUGAAGUUAUUAACGUACUUAGAUCGGCUGGCAACAUAUGAGGAAAUCCUAGGAGUGCCUCAUGCAUCUGAACAGAGAUAUGAUGCUGAAUUCUUUAAGAAGUUCAGAAAUCAGAAUAUUGUUCUUUCAGCAAGAACCUAUGCUCGGGAAAGUAAUGUACCAGCCCUAGAGAUUCUUUUCACUUAUCAUGGAUCACACCUGCUUCCUCACCGCCUUGCAAUUCUCUCCAACUUCCCAGAGACCACUUCUCCACAUGAAUAUUCUGUUCUGCUGCCCGAGGCUUGUUAUAAUGGUGACUCCUUGAUGAUCAUUCCUUGGCAUGAACAUAAACACCGAGAUAAAGAUUGGUGCGAGGAGUUGGAGUGCAGACUAGUGGUGGAGCCAAGUCUCCAAGAAGAAAGUGAAUUCUUAUAUGCUGCACAGCCUGAGUUACUGAGGUACAGGACACCUCAGCUGGCAGUGGAGAAGGUGAUGGACUGGUAUCAGACCAGAGCAGAGGAAAUAGAGCAUCAUGCUCGACAGAUUGACUGUGCGCUCUCACUGAUUCGACUUGGAAUGGAGCGGAAUAUUCCUGGUUUGCUGGUUCUGUGUGAUAAUUUGGUUACUCUGGAAGCGUUGGUUUAUGAAGCAGGCUGUGACUUGACACUAACCUUGAAAGAACUCCAGCAGAUGAAAGACAUUGAAAAACUAAGAUUACUGAUGAACAGUUGUUCUGAGGACAAGUAUGUGACGAGUGCCUACCAAUGGAUGGUUCCCUUUCUUCAUCGGUGUGAGAAACAAUCUCCUGGUGUGGCUAAUGAAUUAUUAAAAGAAUAUUUGGUAACUUUAGCUAAAGGGGACUUAAAAUUUCCCUUGAAGAUAUUUCAGCAUUCCAAACCAGAUCUGCAACAAAAAAUUAUUCCUGAUCAGGACCAACUUAUGACAGUAGCACUGGAGUGCAUUUAUAACUGUGAACGGAAUGACCAACUCUCUCUUUGCUAUGACAUAUUAGAGUGUCUGCCACAAAGAGGAUAUGGUCAUAAAACAGAGGUAACAACAGCUCUUCAUGACAUGGUAGACCAAUUGGAACAAGUUCUCAGUGUAUCAGAGCUUUUGGAGAAACAUGGACUUGAGAAACCAGUUUCAUUUGUUAAAAACACUCAGUCUAGCUCAGAAGAGGCACGCAAGCUGAUGGUUAGAUUGACCAGACACACUGGUCGAAAGCAGCCUCCCGUCAGUGAGUCUGACUGGAGAAUGUUGCUGCAAGACAUGUUGACCAUGCAGCGGAAUGUUUACACACGUCUGGGUUCUGAUGCUUGCUAUGAGAUAUUUACAGAAAGCCUUCUGUGUUCCAGUCGCCUUGAAAAUAUCCACCUGGCUGGGCAGAUGAUGCACUGCAGUGCUUGUUCAAUAAAUCCACCAGCUAGUGUAUCCCAUAAAGGAAAGACCCAGUACAGGGUCAGUUAUGAAAAAAGUAUUGACUUGGUUUUGGCUGCCAGCAGAGAGUACUUCAAUUCUUCUACUAACCUCACUGACAGCUGUAUGGAUCUGGCCAGGUGCUGUUUACAGCUGAUAACAGAUAGACCCGCCGCCAUUCAAGAGGAACUGGAUCUCAUCCAGGCCCUUGGAUGUCUUGAGGAGUUUGGGGUAAAGAUUCUGCCUUUGCAAGUGCGAUUGUGCUCUGACCGGAUCAGUCUUAUCAAGGAGUGUAUUUGCCAGUCCCCUACGUGCUACAAACAAUCCGCCAAGCUUCUGGGCCUUUCUGAGUUGCUGGGAGUAGCAGGUGAAGAUGCAGAAGAAAGGCGUGGACAGGUUCUCAUCCUUCUAGUUGAGCAAGCACUUCGUUGCCAUGACUACAAAGCAGCCAGUGCCCAUUGUCAGGAGCUGAUGGCCACAGGUUAUUCGAAAAGUUGGGAUGUUUGUAGCCAGUUAGGACAAUCGGAAAGUUAUGGGGACUUGGCCACUCGGCAAGAGCUCAUGGCUUUUGCUUUGACCCAUUGCCCCCCUAGCAGCAUUGAACCUCUUUUGGCAGCUAGCAGCUCUCUGCAGACAGAAAUUCUGUAUCAAAGAGUGAAUUUCCAGAUGCAUCCAGAAGGAGGGGAGAGUAUCAGUGUUUCACCGUUAAUUAGUAAAGCACUACACGAGGAAGGAAGUGUUCCGGGCCGAAGCUCAGCUGACCUGUUCCGCUGGACCACCGCUACAACCAUGAAAGUGCUGUCGAGCACCACGACCACCACCAGGGCUGUGCUGCACGCUGUCACGGACGGUCAGUGGUGGAAGACGUCUUUGACUUACCUUCGACCCCUGCAAGGGCAAGAAUUUGGUGGUGCUUAUCGAAUUGGAACCAUAGCCAAUGAAGAUCUAGAAAAACAAGGCUGUCAUCCUUUUUAUGAAUCUGUGCUCUCUGAUCCCUUUGUCACAGAGAAUGUCCCAGCAGAAAGCUUUGCAGAAGUAUUGCUGAGAACUGGGAAACUCGCAGAGACUAAAACUGAAGGAGAAGAAGUAUUUCCAACAACUGAAGUUCUCUUGCAGCUAGCAGGUGAUGCUUUACCAAAUGACAUGACCUUGGCUCUUGCUUAUCUUCUUGCCUUACCACAGGUGUUAGAUGCCAACAAGUGCUUUGAAAAGCAGUCCCACUCGGCUUUGUCUCUCCAGCUGGCAGCAUAUUACUACAGCCUGCAGAUCUAUGCCCGGUUGGCUCCGUGUUUCAGUGACAAGUACCAUCCACUCUACAGGGCUGAUCCUAAAGAGCUAAUCAAGAUGGUCACCAGGCAUGUGACUCGAUCUGGACAUGCAGCCUGGCCCGAGGACCUCGUCUCACUGACCCAGCAGUUACACUACUACAAUGAGCGCCUCCUGGAUCUCAGCCAGGCCCAGACCCUUCAGGGCCUUGGGAAGGGUGUGGAUGUGCAGCGCUUUACUGCAGAUGACCAGUAUAAAAGGGAGACUAUCCUUGGUCUGGCCGAAACACUUGAGGAGAACGUCUACAGCAUUGCCCUUUCUCUGGCACGGCGUUACUGUGUCUCCCAUUGGGAAGUUUUUAUGACCCAUUUGGAGUUCCUGUUCACGGACAGUGGUUUGUCCAUAGAAGAAAUUGAAAAUCGAGCCCAAGCCCUUCAUCUCUUUGAGACUUUGAAGACUGAUCCUGAAGGCUUUCACCAGCACAUGGUCAAGUACAUUUACCCCACGAUCGGUGGCUUUGAUCAUGAAAGGCUGAUAUAUUAUUUCACUCUUCUGGAAAGCUUUGGCUGUGCUGAGUUUAGAAAAUAUACCAUUAAACCAGAAACCCACAUUCGGCUGCUGAAGAAAUUUAAAGUAGUUGCAUCAGGUCUUAAUUACAAAAAGCUGACAGAUGAAAACAUGAAUCCUCUUAAAGCACUGGAGCCAGUUCUUUCAAGUCAAAAUAUCUUAUCUAUUUCCAAACUUGUUCCCCAAAUCCCUGAAAAGGAUGGACAAAUGCUUUCCCCAAGCUCUCUGUACACCGUCUGGUUACAGAAGUUGUUCUGGACUGGAGAUCCUCACCUCAUUAAACAAGUCCCGGCGUCCUCACCAGAGUGGCUUCGUGCGUACGAUGCCUGCGUCAAGUACUUUGAUCGCCUCCAUCCAAAUGACCUCAUCACAGUGGUGGAUGCUGUUACGUUUUCUCCUAAAGCUGUGACCAAGCUACCUGUGGAAACACGUAAAGAGAUGACUACAAAGGCUAUUAGGACAGUCAGAGAUUUUAUUGAGAAGCCAAGGAAAAGAAAUUCCAAAGAAGACCUUCAGGAAGCCAGUGAUUCUGAAAUUACCUAUGCAGAUGCCUUGAAUCAUCUGGAGAAAUCACUUGCUCACCUGGAAACCCUCAACCACACCUUCAUCAUUUCUCUGAAGAAUAGUGAGCAGGAAAUGCUGCAGAAAUACAGUCACCUCUAUGAUCUGUCCCGAUCAGAAAAAGGGAAACUUCACGAUCAAGCUGUGUCCAUGUGCUUAGAUGGUCAGCCUUUAAGAAUGAUUGAGCAGCUGCUACAGGUGGCUGUGGGCCCAGUUGGCAUCUCACCCAAGGAUGUCGUGCAGAGCGCAGUAAUGAAAAUAGUUUCUGCCCUGAGGGGAGGCAGUGCUGACCUCGGUGGACCAGGGGACCCACUCCAGGUCCUUGAAGGUGUUGUAGCAGCAGUCUAUGCCAGUGUGGACAAAGGGGAAGAGCUGGUUUCCCCUGAGGACCUGCUGGAGUGGCUGCGGCCGUUCUGUGCUGAUGACGCCUGGCCCGUGGGGCCCCGCCUUCGUGUGCUGCAGAUUUUGGGGCAGUCAUUUCACCUGACUGAGGAGGACAGCAAGCUUCUUGUGUUCUUUAGGACAGAAGCCAUUCUCAAAGCCACUUGGCCCCAGAGACAGGUAGACAUAACUGACAUUGAGAAUGAGGAGACCCGCCAUGCUCUCUUCAUGGAACUCCUGGAAUCCAGUCACCAGGAGGUGGAGUUUCAGCACCUGGUUUUGCUCUUGCAAGCUUGGCCGCCUGUGAAACAUGAAUAUGUAGCCAGUGUGACCAGUAAUCCAUGGGUGAGACUAGCCACGGUGAUGCUAACCAGGUGUACAGUGGAGAACAAGGAAAGACUGGGGAAUGAAGUUUUGAAAAUCUGUCGCUCUUUGUAUAACACCGAGGAGAGGCUUCCUGCAGAGUGUGUGAAGGAGCUGAGCUCGCUGCUGCUUGACCAGGGCCUCCUGCUCCAGUCCCUGAAGCUGCUCCUCGGGAGCCAGAACGAGCCUCUUCGCACCGUGGCCCUGGAGCAAAUCGCCGCGAUUACUAAGGUGAAUGAUUCAAAUUGUGACCCAGAACUCCUUUCUCUGCUCCUGGAUGCCAAGCUGUUGGUGAAGUGCGUCUCCACCCCCUUCUACCCUCACCUCAUUGAGCACCUCCUGGCCAGCCCCCAGCUCUGGGAUGCGGAGGAGCUGGCCAGACACCUGCAGGAGGCUGGCCACAGAGCCGAAGCCGGCUCGCUCCUUCUGGCCGCGAGGGGGACGCAUCGGGCCCUGAGAACUUUCAGCGCCGCUCUCUGUGCGGGCCGGCCCUGGCUGUGAUGGCGUCUCUCCGUGCUGCUGGGAAGGGCCAGCCGGAGCCCAGUGCAGCCCCAGGGGCAGCGUGUACCUGUUGACGGUUCUCGGUGGUUCCAACAAAUUGCAAAUAAAGCUAUCUGUAAAGGA